AUGCCCGACACGCCUGGUGAUGGAGGCGACAAUGAUGCUGUAGACCUCUUUCAAGAACCAGAGGGGUACUAUCAACCCGACAAAGCACCCACCUUUACUCAAUACACCCUCAAGAAUGGCCAGUCUCUCUCGCUGCGUCUCGGACAUCUGCUGUGGAAUGCUGCUCAGGUCAUAACUUCGUUUCUCGAGGACCACGCCGAGAAGUACAUCACAAACAAGGUAGUGCUGGAGCUGGGCGCUGGUGCCGGCCUUCCCAGUCUGGCAUGUGCCGCUCGAGGGGCCAGCACCGUGGUCGUGACAGACUAUCCUGACCCAGACCUUGUUGCUAAUUUGCAGUACAAUGUUGACCACUGCGGCCUGGCGUUCAGCAACACACGAGUUGUGAUUCAUGGUUAUUUGUGGGGAUCUCCUACCGAUGAGAUCAAGUCGGCACUGCCUACUGGAGCAAGCGACUUCGAUGUCCUGAUUCUGGCGGACAUCUUGUUCAACCACUCGGAGCAUGAGAAGCUGAUCAAGACGCUGUCAGAGUGCUUGAGCAAAAAGCCAGAAUCAGCCGCCCUCGUCUUCUUCACGCCCUACCGCCCCUGGCUGUUGCAGAAAGACCUGGCCUUCUUUGAUCUGGCCCGCGCCAAUGGCUUCACCGUUACCAAAAUGCUUGAGCAUACCAUGGACAAGGUCAUGUUCGAUGAGGAUCCCGGAGAUGAACUCUUGCGCCGCACUGUCUUUGGGUAUGAAGUUACGUGGAGCUCCUCCUGA